AGCCCUCCCCACUGAGAUUGCGUCACUAGGCGAUCUCUGUCUGGAUGUGAGCCGUCGUGUGUCGGCGCAACGGAGACAGAACCGGAGAACCGGAGACCAGCAGCGACAGCAGCAUGGGGAAAAAGCAGAAGAAAUCCGGGGACGACAGCGCCAAAGACGAUGGCGUGGACAUCGACGCGCUCGCCGCCGAGAUCGAAGGAGCCGGAGCCUCCAAAGAGCCCAAAGGGAAGAAGAAGAAGAAGGGAGUGAAGAAGGAUGAGUUUGAUGAGGAUGACAUCCUGAAGGAGCUGGAGGAGUUGUCUCUGGAGACUCAGGGAGUGAAAGCAAAGGCUGCAGCGCCUCCCAUUGCGCCUCCUUCCAACUCAGACGAGGACAGCGUCUCGCGCUCUCGCGUCAAAGCCAAAGACGGAAAAAAGGGAGGCAAACAAGCAUCGGGGUCGGAUGGCGAGGAAGACAGAGACGAAGAUGAGGGUCUGAAGAAGAAAGGAGGAGGAGGAGGGAAGGAGGAGGAGGAGGGGUCAGAGGCGGAAGAGAGGGAAGCAGCUUUUGGCCGAGACAGGAAGAAGAAGAUCAGAGGCAAAGCGGUGAAGAUGGAGAGCGAGGAUGAGGAGGAGCAGGAUGGCGAGGAUGGGGCCAGCGGCUUCAAGAUGAAGACGGCGGCGCAGAAAAAGGCGGAGAAGAAGGAGAGGGACCGCAAGAAGAAGGAGGAGGAGAGGAUGAAGCAGAGGAAGCUGAAGGAGAAAGAGAAGGAGGGCAGCGUGGAGCCGGAGAAGAAGACGGCCGAGGUCCCGCCUCCUCAGGAAGAUCCACCAAUAGCAGCGGCCGAGGAACAGGAAGGGGCGGAGCCAGAAGAGGAGAUGGACGGAGACAAAAAGAAGAAGGACAAGAAAAAGAAGAAGGGCGAGAAGGAGAAGGAGGAGAAGAAGAAGGGGCCGAGCAAGGCCACGGUGAAGGCCAUGCAGGAGGCUCUGGCCAAGAUGAAGGAGGAGGAAGAGCAGGCCAAGAGGGAGGAAGAGGAGCGCCUGAGGAGACUGGAGGAGAUGGAGAAACAGAGAGAGGAGCAGGAGCGUCUGGAGCUGGAGAGAAAGGAGAAGAAGAAGCAGAAGGAGAAGGAGAGGAAGGAGCGCCUGAAGAAGGAGGGCAAGCUGCUGACCAAGACCCAGAAGGAGGCUCGGGCUCGGGCCGAGGCCACGCUCAAGCUGCUGCAGGCUCAGGGUGUGGAGGUGCCGUCCAGAGACUCGCUGCCAAAGAAGAAGCCGGUUUACGGAGACAAGAGGAAGAAGAAGCAGCCCAACGCUCCGACCCCUGAAGAAACGUCAGAGGUGAUGUCACCCACGACGGAGACACUGGAGCCUGUUGCCAUGGAGACGGAGGUGGUGACGCCGGCUGCGGCGCCCGAGGUGAAGCCAGAAGCUGCUGUAGACGACUGGGAGGCCAUCGCCACAGACGAGGAGAAAGAGAUGAAGAAGGUCCACAUCGAGGUGAAGGAGGAGAUGGCCGCUGCUCCUCGGCCGGCCGGCAGCGAGGAAGACGAUGAGGAGGAGGAGGAGGACGAUGAUGAUGAUGAGGAGGAAGACGACGAUGACGGCGGCGAUGAGGAGGAAAGCGAGGAAGAGGCAGAGAAGCAGGCGGCGCCAGCGGCGGCGUUGGGGACUCAGGGGGCGAAGAGACGGGCGGCGAAGGAGAGCGAAGACGAGAGCACCGAGAGUGAUGAUGACGAUGGUAGGACGAAGGACGAGAGACGCUACGACCGCGCCAAGAGGAGGAUCGAGAAACGUAAAGCUGAGAACAUGAGGAACAUUGACCUGGACCGGCUGAGAGCUCCGGUGGUGUGUGUGCUGGGACACGUCGACACCGGGAAGACCAAGAUCCUCGACAAGCUGCGACACACUCACGUUCAGGACGGCGAGGCCGGAGGAAUCACGCAGCAGAUCGGAGCCACAAACGUCCCAAAAGAGACGAUCGAGGAGCAGACGAAGAUGGUUAAAAACUUUGACAAAGACAACCUCCGGAUCCCGGGCAUGCUGAUCAUCGACACACCAGGACACGAGUCCUUCAGUAAUCUGAGGAACAGAGGCAGCUCUCUGUGUGACAUAGCCAUCCUGGUGGUGGACAUCAUGCACGGCCUGGAGCCCCAGACGCUGGAGUCCAUCAACCUGCUCAAGGAGAAGAAGUGCCCCUUCAUCGUGGCCCUCAACAAGGUGGACCGUCUGUACGACUGGAAGAAGAGCCCGGAGACGGACAUCGUGACCACGCUGAAGAAGCAGAAGAAGAACACCAAGGACGAGUUUGACGAGAGAGCCAAGGCCGUCAUCGUGGAGUUCGCUCAGCAGGGCCUGAACGCCGCCCUGUUCCACGAGAACAAAGACCCCCGGACGUUCGUGUCGUUGGUUCCUACCUCGGCCCACAGCGGCGAUGGGAUGGGAAACCUCAUCGCCCUAUUGGUCGAGCUCACGCAGACCAUGCUCGCCCGCCGCCUGGCGCACUGCGACGAGCUGCGAGCACAGGUCAUGGAGGUGAAAGCGCUGCCCGGGAUGGGAACAACGAUCGACGUCAUCCUGAUCAACGGGUGUCUGCGGGAGGGAGAGACCAUCAUCGUGCCGGGGGUGGAGGGACCAAUCGUAACGCAGAUCAGAGGGCUGCUGCUGCCCCCCCCUCUCAAGGAGCUGCGAGUCAAGACGCAGUACGAGAAGCACAAGGAGGUGUCCACGUCUCAGGGAGUGAAGAUCCUGGGGAAAGAUCUGGAAAAGACGCUGGCAGGACUCCCCCUGCUGGUCGCUCACAGGGAGGAUGAGAUCCCAGUCCUCAGGGAUGAACUAGAGAGAGAGCUCAAACAGACUCUGAGCUGCAUCAAGCUGGAGGAGAAAGGAGUUUACGUCCAGGCCUCCACGCUGGGGUCUCUGGAGGCUCUGCUGGAGUUCCUCAGGACAUCUAAAGUCCCUUACGCGGGCAUCAACAUCGGUCCGGUUCAUAAGAAGGACGUGAUGAAGGCGUCGACGAUGCUGGAGCACGACGUACAGUACGCUGUGAUCUUAGCGUUUGACGUGAAGGUGGAGCGGGAGAGUCAGGAGAUGGCCGACAGUCUGGGAGUCCGGAUCUUCUCGGCCGAGAUCAUCUACCAUCUCUUUGACUCUUUCACCAAAUACAGGGAGGACUACAAGAAGGCCAAGCAGGACGAGUACAAGAACAUCGCGGUGUUCCCGGUGAAGCUACGGAUUCUCCCCCAGUUCAUCUUUAACUCCAGAGAUCCCAUCGUGAUGGGCGUCACCGUGGAGGCCGGGGUCCUACGGCAGGGGACGCCGCUCUGCGUCCCCACUAAAGGGUUCGUGGACAUCGGCAUCGUGACGAGCAUUGAGAUGAACCAUAAGUCGGUGGACAGCGCUAAGAAGGGCCAGGAGAUCUGCAUCAAGAUCGAGCCCAUCCCGGGCGAGUCGCCCAAAAUGUACGGACGCCACUUUGAGGCCACCGACCUGAUGGUCAGCAAGAUCACACGGGCGUCCAUCGACGCUCUGAAGAACUGGUUCAGAGACGACAUGCAGAAGACUGACUGGCAGCUGAUCAUGGAGCUGAAGAAGACCUUCGAGAUCAUCUGAGAGGGACACACACACACACACACACACAGACACAGACACAGACACACACAGACACAGACACACACACACACACACAGACACAGACACACACUUCCUCCCUCGGAUGACGUCGCCAAAAGUAAAACGGAGAAAAAAGACGUGAAAGUGUUUUUCUGUGAGAAACGAACAGUUUUUUCCACUGUUGUAAACAGUGAUAGUAACACACACACACACACACACACACACACACACACACACACACAGAGACACACACACACACACACACACAGAGACACACACACACACACACAGAGACACCACACACACACACAGAGACACACACACACACACAC